AUGGCGAUCACCAUCGCGCCGUACGCCAUGCGCGAAAACACAUACGAAGCCUACAACGUCCGAUUCUUCGAUCAGGACAUCUACACCACUGUAACCGCCAACUACGCCGUCGUCACCGACUGGAUCGGAGACGUCAAAAACCUCCACAGCCACGAACCCCAACUCACCGUCGGCCUCGACGUCGAGUGGCGCCCCAGCUUCGCCUCCUGGUGCAACCCCGUCGCCACGCUGCCUCGAAUCAAGGAGGACAUGGAGAAGCUGCAGACCGACUACGGGAUCGGCGGCGGCGCUCGGUACGUGGACCUGAGGGGGAUGGCGGUGGAGGUUUACAGCAGUAAGCUUAAGAAUGCGGGGUUGAAGAAGUUGGCGAGUGUUGUGUUGCGGAAGGAGGUGGAGAAGCCGCAGUGGGUGAGGGUGGGCCGUUGGGAUGCGCCGCGGCUGAGUGCGGAGCAGGUCCAGUAUGCGUGUGUGGAUGCAUAUUUGUCGUCUGAGAUCGCCAGGGCUCUCCAUUGGUUUGCCGAUCUAUGCGAACGCAUAAUCGAGCAGCUCAAGCUAGAAUUGGGAAUUUGGGACUUUAAUUAG